AAUUUUCCAUUGGGACAGUAUAUUGGGGAAAAGUUCAAUAAUACGGAGCACCGUAGCGCAGCACGGCAGCAGCAACCCUCGGUCUCAGAAACCAAGCAACACAGAACACUUACAAUUACAUAUUACAUACGAGUAAUAGUAAAUCCUUCCCUGUUUCUGCUAUCAAAUUGAUGAGAAUUAGCCAGAAAGAUGUCGUCGGUGUACGUUUUAGAGCCUCCAACAAAGGGAAAGGUGGUUAUUGAGACGACAUAUGGACCUAUUGACAUUGAACUUUGGCCUAAAGAAGCUCCUAAAGCUGUCAGAAAUUUCGUUCAACUUUGUCUUGAAGGUUACUAUGAUAACACCAUUUUUCAUCGCAUUAUCAAGGGUUUUCUCAUUCAGGGUGGUGAUCCCUCUUCCACCGGUGUUGGGGGCGAAAGCAUCUAUGGUGCACCAUUUUCAGACGAGUUCCAUUCUCGUCUACGCUUCAAUCAUAGAGGCUUGGUUGCAUGCGCGAAUGCUGGUUCACCGCAUUCCAAUGGAAGUCAAUUUUUUAUGACGUUGGACCGUUGUGAUUGGCUUGAUAAGAAGAACACUAUCUUUGGAAAGGUUACUGGAGAUUCUAUUUACAAUCUUCUUAGGAUAGGAGAAGUUGAAACUGAUAGUGAUGACCGACCAAUGGACCCUGCUCCAAAGAUCACUUCUAUUGAGGUUAUAUGGAAUCCCUUUGAGGAUAUUGUCCCUAGGGAAUUUAAGAAAGUAACUCAACCUAUUAUUGAGAAGGAGAACAAAGAUUUGAAGAAGAAAGCUGUGAAAAAGUUGAACUUACUUUCAUUUGGAGAAGAAGCUGAAGAAGAUGAGAAGGAUUUGGCGACUGUCAUGCAAAAAAUUAAGAGCAGCCAUGAUGUAUUAAAUGAUCCUCGUCUGCUGAAAGAACAAAACCCUGCUGAAGAAAUGAAUCCAAAUGAACUCAAGAUUGCAAGGAGUAUACAAUUAUCUGUUAGAGAAGCUUUGAGCUCCAAAAAACAAGAAUCACAAAAGGGAACAACUGAUGAGUUAUCUGAUCCUCAUGCUGACAGCGAAGAUGAUGAAUUAAGUUUUGAUGCACGAAUGCGUCAACAAAUCCUGAAGAAAAGAAUGGAGAAUGAUGAUCUCCCUACUAAGCAAAAUUUAAAGAUUGAGGGUUCAAAGUCCAAGGUCCAAUCGAAGUCAGCUCCAAGCAGGUCAGACCCCGAAAGUUCAGAUGACCAAAAGAAAGUGGCAAAACUGUCGAUUAGGAAAAAGGGAAUUGGAUCAGAAGCUAGGGCAGAGCGUGUGGCUAACGCUGACACAGACCUGCAGUUGCUAAAUAAUGCAGAAAGAGAAAGAUUGUUACAGAAACAGAAAAAGCGUAGACUUAAGGGUCGUGAGGAUGAGGUACUUGCCAAACUUGAGCGGUUUAAAAGUUCAUUUGCUUCAAAGGCUGUUGAAUCAAACAGCAAAUCUUAUGAUGGAGAUGAAGAUCUAUCUGACUGGAAAACUGUUCGAUUGAAGUUUGCACCUGACCCCAAAAAGAAUAAUAUGUCACGGAAUGAAGAUGUGAACGACUAUGCUGUGAUUGAUCCUCUUCUGGAGAAAGGGAAAGAGAAAUUCAAUAGGAUGAUAGCCAAGCAAAAGCGACGAGAACGCGAAUGGGCUGGGAGAUCCCUUACUUGAUUCUUUCUUGUAGCUUCCUCAAAAGUUAUAAUAUAAGACCCAACUCUUCAUGCACUCGAAAGCAUCAAAUUAUGAUCAAGAUUCGGGAAGGUUGUAAAACUUGGUGCCCAUCAUGAAUGUCAAGCUCAUGCUUUCACUGAUCGAUCUGUCUUCGUAGUAUGAACGGAACUAUGUCUUGUAUCAAAUUAUAACAAAUUUUGAGUAGUUCUUGAAUUGUAUAUUGCCCUAAUUGUAACAUAUGUUUCUUGUGAUAGCAGAACUACAAGGAUUUAAGUCGUUCAUUGCAAAAUGAAACCAAGAUAUGUUUAUUGUGAUGGCAGAACUACUAAAUUUAUGUCAAGUAGUGUUGCUGUGUUUCUGUCUUUUCUUUGAACAGGCACUAAAACAUAGAGAACAGUUGCAAAACUUAGUGUUCGUUAUUAUUUUUAAAAAUUCCAAUUUUGGGCG